AUGACAAAACACAACAUUAGUCUUUUGGUUGCCAUAGUGCUGGGACUGAUCUUUUUCAUCAUCACUAUGGCUUUGACUGCUCUGGCAGCGCCGGGAAUAUAUCCAUUUUUGGCGUCCACUGGUAAUAUUUCAGAUGAGUUUGUAACCGAGAUCACACCAUCAGGAUGGACCUUCACCAUUUGGUCGUUCAUUUACAUCUUUCUGGCUUUAGUGUUGGUCUACGUCCUCUCCGGCAUCUUUAGGAAGAAUGCCUAUGGUUACGUCUACUGCAGCCCUGCUAUUUUGCCACAUGGAUUUUUUGUGACUUGGUGCAUUAAUCUGGCUCUCAACACGGCAUGGUUGUUCCUGUGGGACAGAAAGUUGAUGGCUGCAGCACUGGUUUUCCUCAUCCUCAUUGCCUCGACAAACUACCUCAUGAUAUUCUUCUCCUGCCAUUGUCUCAACAACUAUGGAGCCUGGCUCAACAAAUACCACAAAGUAGAUCUGUGGCUCCACCGUGUGUUGGUUCAGAAUGGUAUUGCCAUAUAUGCAACAUGGACGACCAUUGCAUCCCUAGUUAACCUGACCAUUGUGCUGACCCAUGAUGCAAACAUGUCUCAGACGGACGCUGCCACGGUCUCACUCUCUAUUUUGACUGUAGUGUUGUUUGGGUGGUUUAUCCUGGAAAACGUUGUCCUCGACAAACAUGUGAGGUACAUUCUCACCAUUUACCCCUUUGUGAUCUGGGCACUGACGGGGGUAUUCACCAAAAACUAUAACGCUGCAGCCCCCACGCGCAAUAACAUCUUCAUUGCUGCGCAGUUGGCUAUAGCCUGUACCUUGUUUGUCGCACGGGUAUUUUUGGUCGUCUGGAAGAACAUCAAAAAGCCACUUUAUAAAGAUGCCAGCCCAGAGGACAUGUCUCCGAUGGAGAUCGCUGAGAAGCAGAAAAAGAUAUUUAAGUGA